AUGCCCGAAAGCUCAUCAAUUUUAACUAGAGAACACAUCACGCAACCACUUAGAUUAUUGUCUACUAGUAAAUCGGAUUCAUCGCAUAACUUAAACUCGUCAUCUGGGUCAAGUAGCCCACCAUCACCAGCAUUAGUGUCAACCGAUCCCAAUCCAAGCUUUGUGUCGCAACAUUUGCACCGUCCGACUCCGCAGCAGACUCAUCAACUUGAGCAUCCCCAACAACAGCAACAGCAACCACAAGUGCGGCUGCAACUGGCUCAGCCUUCACAGUCGAUGCAACUGGCUCAGCCAACUCAACGACAACGAGCACGACUGCAUCAACAACCUCUGGUGUCGAGGAGACCUUCGUUUGGGUUGCAUUUUUUGAGUAGUUUUAGCAUGAGGUCACAAGCACACUCGGAUGGGCCAAACCCGCAACAGCAACAGCAACAACAGCAGCAACAGCAACAACAAUCACAGCCACAGCAACAACAAUCACAGCCACAGCAACCACAACUGGCAAGAACAGCUUCAACUCCUGUGUCACCUGCACAGCAACCCCAGCAACAGCAAGCUGCGGUAGCUUAUGCACCAUUGUCGGCGGCACAACAACAACAACCGCAGCCACAGCCUUCACAACAGCCUUCACAACAGCCUUCACAACAACAACAGCCACUGCAACACCCACAACAACCACCGGUUCGGACUCUACUGGCACAACACUCAUCCCUUCAACUAAUGUCGAAUAGUCCCACAUUGGGCAAUUUGAAUAGUUAUGUUGAUGAGGAUAUAAAUGAUGCCAAUGUGACUGCAUUUCAUGACACACUAGAAGAACAACUUGAAAAUGCUGGUGAAGAUGACGAUGGUGGUGACAAUACCAGACCACAACCACAACCACAACCAACUGCAAUAGCUGUGUCUUCGUCAUCUAUAGGUCUUGUCUCCAGCGGGCCCCAACCUUCUUCUUCUACACAAGACACAAAGCCAGGAUCGGACGAAGGUAAGGAUAAAGAUGGCACAUUUUCAGUCCGUUUAACUCCCUUGAUUGAUCAUUCGUCGUCUUCCACUGGGUUAUAUUUCUCCCCCGUUAUACGUAAGAUCAAGCCAGGUACCAGAGUGAGUAUUGGCAGGUAUACCGAAAAGAAUAAAGCAGCUGCGCAUGCAGCUCAAGGGUCAUCAGCCCCCAUUGUUUUCAAAUCAAAAGUUGUUUCACGUACUCAUGCAUUAUUGGAGUGUAAUGAAGAUGGACAAUGGUUUUUAAAAGAUUGUAAAUCAUCAUCGGGUACUUUUCUAAACCAUAUUCGAUUAUCACCUGCAUCACAGGAAAGUUCCUUAAUGCCUGUGAUUGAUGGCGAUGUUAUACAAUUGGGAAUGGAUUAUCGUGGUGGAACAGAGGAAGUUUAUCGAUGUGUUAAAAUGAGAUGCGAGUUUAACAAGAGCUGGCAACGGAAAGUGAAUCAAUUUAAUUUGGAAAUUCAUAAAAAGUUUAGAAAUUUGAGUAUUAGUGAUGCAAAUAUAUUGGCAAACGGUGAAGGAGGAGUUAAUGGUGUUGGUGGUUCUGGUGAUAAUAGUGAAUGUGCAAUUUGUCUAAUGAAGGUUGAGCCAUGUCAAGCAUUGUUCAUUAGUCCUUGUUCACAUGCAUGGCAUUACAAGUGCAUUAGGCCGAUUAUCAUCAAGAGUUAUCCUCAGUUUUAUUGUCCCAAUUGUCGAACAAUGUGCGAUUUGGAAACUGAUUUGGAAGAUGAUGAUGAUGAUUGA